GGCAACCUAUAAGCCUCUGGCCGGCCAUUUAUCAUUAUAUCAUCAAGGUUAUUAAGUCCCAAACAGAAGGCCCGUUCUACUUCUCUCCUCCUUUCGCUCAUCGAGGCUGCCUCCUCCUCUUCCUCUUCCUUGAUCUCUAUGUCCAUCUCUUCAAUUCUGAUUUGAUUUGAUCUUUUUGGUUGUUAUUGCUGGGCUGAUCACUUAUCUGCGGCGGCGCCGUUCGGUUCUGCUUGCCUUGCGCCUCCGCCUACCGCCCAUAGCUUAGAAGGUCCGGGUAUUAAUUGGAAUUCGCCGUUCCUUCCGGCCUGCCUAAAUUCCUAUGCCGCCGGAAAAAAUCGUGCGUGACACACACAUACAUACCUAAGAUCAAGCAAAAACCCCCACCACCCCCCGCGCUGGAUCUCUCUCCCCAUCCCUCCCCCUCUCUCAAAAAGAAAAGUCUCCGACAUUGCCGAGAACGGGAAGUCUCCUCCUCUCUCCUCCGUUCUUGUCAGGCGCCUUUUGGCUUCGUUCCAUCAGUAUCGGCCGGCCAAUUUGUCGCUUCCCGAUCGUUGCGAUCCCAAGGCAAAGGUCUUGGUGCGUGCCUUGGCCGCGUUGACUAACUUUGGUUCUAAUAAUCAGAGCUUUGUCCGAGUGUGAAAGCGGUCGGUGCCGAUAAUUUUAGGGUAAGGAUAUAUAAACACAAAAAAAGGGAAAGGAGAGAAGGGUAAGGAUGUUGUUGUCUUGUGGUUAAUCCUGAUGUUUACCUCAAAACACUCCUUGGGACGGUGCAUCGAUUCCAGCUCCUUAUAAAUGGUCGUCGUCCUACAAUUGGAAACGCUCUAGGUUGGUUGAUAAUUGGAAAUAGAGGAAUAUGAAGAGACUGGAAUCGCGGAAGUCACAUUCCUGGUGGUGGGAUAGUCACAUCAAUCCCAAGAACUCGAGAUGGCUUGCUGAGAAUCUGGAGGAGAUGGACCAAAGUGUGAAGAGGAUGUUGAAGCUGAUAGUGGACGAUGGGGAUUCUUUCGCGAAGAAGGCAGAGAUGUACUACAGGAAAAGGCCCGAGCUUAUCUCCCAUGUUGAGGAAUUCUAUCGCAUGUACAGGUCCCUAGCUGAACGAUAUGAUCAUCUUACUGUUGAAUUGCGGAAGAAUAUCCCUUCAGAUCUCCAAUCCCAGGGGUCGGGCAUAUCUGAACUUGGUUAUGAAACCCCAUCGUCACUUCCUUCCCCUGACUUGAGGCUAGCCCGGCGUAAAUCUGGGCAGCAAGCUGCUGGUUUUGACUUUUUCCUUGGUGCUGGUGGCAGCUCGUCAGAUAACUUCCACAGGGAAGCAGAUGAAUCGUCUUCCCUCACUGAUUCAGAUCCUGACUGUGAUGCUUCCUCUGUCAACAACUACUCGGUUAUAUCAGGGAAUGGCGGUGAUCAAGCAUUGCAAGUGAGAGUAUUUGAACUGGAAAAUGAGCUCCUUGACACGAAAGAGAAGCUUCUUCAAGUUCAGCAUGAAGAGGCUUCGGAUGCUUACUGGAAGGAUGUGAUCAAGAAUGGUAGCACUUUUCAAGAUUCUUCAACUUUCAAUGUUAAAUAUGAGGAGGAGCUCAGAAUUGCAAGGGAGAAGGUGCAUCUUUCGGAGGAAGAGAUCUCAAAGUUGAAGUUUAAGCUCCAAAAGUAUGAAUCUGAAGCUCUUUCUGCUAAUUUGCUGGAUGGACAGUCGGAUGUGCCUCUAGUGGAAGAGCUGAAGAAGUUAAAGGAAAAGCUUCAGGAUUCUACGAGUGAGAUUGAUAGCCUGAAAAAGGAAAUCGAAAGUGGCAGAUCACAGGGAAAGAAUCACAAAAUAUCGGACCACCUUGAGUUGGCUCAGAAAGAUGCUGCUGGAUGGAAAGCGAAGUUCAGCGCGGAGAGGAGAGAGGUCACCAAGCUUCAGGAAAGACUUGCAAGGUUGAAAAGCAGCUUAUCAGACCGGGAUCAUGAGAUCAGGGAACUUAAGACAGCAGUAUCCGAUGCUGAGGAGAAGAUAUUUCCUGAGAAGGCUGAGAUUAAGGCUGAAAUAGCUAGAUUGAUGGAGGAAUGUGCUUGCAUGGAGGAACAUCUCAGAGAGUGGGAAUCGCGUGGCCGUUCAAUGGAGGAGGAAAUCAGGAAGGUGAAGGCUGAGAUGUUGCGAGUGGAAGAAAGACUUAACACUGAGAUCCAGCAAUUAAAGGCAGACAUUAUUGAUAGAGAUCAGCACAUACUAGAUUUGAUGCGAAGCUUCGAAGCAAUGCAAUUGGAAAUGGCUGGACUUAGUGAUGAGGUUGUUGCGCUGAAAACAGAUGUUUGCUCUAAGGACUAUCAGAUUGCCCAAAUUAAUGAGCAGAUGCACCGAUUGCAAGGGGAAUGUGCAGAGCUCAUUGCAGCUUCUAACAGGGCUGAUGGAUUGGCUGAAGAGUUGAGUUCGAGGGUGGAGGAACUGGAGGGAGAGGUUGAAAAGCAGAGGCUUGCGAUUUUGGAAGGAGCAGAAGAGAAGCGAGAAGCCAUCAGACAGCUGUGUUUCUCGUUGGAGCAUUACAGGAGCAGUUAUUGCAAGCUCCGCCAUGCCUUCUUAGGGCAUAAUAACAAGCAAUAUAGGCGCACUUCAGUAGCUUAUUGAACCCCUCCUGCAUGUGCCGGUUUGCUCACUACAGCCUUUAUGGAGAAGCAAAUUUUAGUAGGCUUUCCUUGUCUAUGAUAGAAGGUUUUACGCACAAUAAUUGAAGGUUUGCGCACUAGCACAAUAAUGGAAGGUUUUACCCCGUCUAUGAUCUGAGGAGGGAGAUUUGGAGUCAAAGUUAAUACUCUUUAAUCAGUGAUUUGGCCGUCCCUGUAAUUUGGCCGGUCUGUGAUCACCCUUUGAGUUGCUUUGUGUAUUAUGUAUUAAAUUUCUUUAAGGAAAAAGACAAAAACCCCCCUUGUGCUUUGGGGUUAGGGUAAAUUGCACCUUGUUCUUUCGUUUGAGAUAAAUCGCACCAUGUUCUUUGCUCCGUCAGACAUAGAGGGUUACGGCGUCAAAUUAAUUUUCAUUUUCGGUCCUCAA